UCCGUCCUGCGCAUGCGCCGAUAACGCACUGCACCCACAUCACUGAUUGAAUGUGUCGCUUUGUAAUAGUCAGCUGUGCGGUAAAUUGGCAUUUUGGUACCUUCGACAUCUAAGCUAAAAUAUAAAAAAAAAAAAGAAGCGAAAUGGGGGAACAUAAGGAUGACCUUCGGAAAAUUAUUACUACUCUAGCACUGAAGAAUGAGGAGAUUCAGAACUUUAUUUACAGUCUUAAACAGAUGAUAGAGAAUGUGGAGGAGAACUCUACCCGUGUUCAUGGAGAACUUGAAGGAGAGUUUCAGUCUCUGUACAGUCUGCUGGAUGAGCUGAAGGAGGGUAUGUUAAUGAAGAUCAAACAAGACCGUGCUAGUCGGAUAUACGAACUACAGAAUCAGCUGACUGCCUGCACCAAAGCAUUGGAGAGCUCUGAGGAACUUCUGGAAACUGCCAACCACACACUAUUAUCAUCUGAGACAGAUGGCUUUACACAGUUUCGUACAGUGAAGUCCAGAAUGGGAGACCAAAUUGAAAGAAAGGAGUAUUACAGACAGAGAGCAGGAAAGUACAUGAGCUGCCUGGGUGUAAAUGUUACAAUGGCACCUGCAUUCCGAUUGUCUCUUAAAGCCAAAGUGACAGACAACAUGAGUCACCUAAUGGUAGAUUUCACCCAGGAGAGACGCCUGUUGCAGAACCUGCACUUUCUGCCUGUCCCUAGUACACCAGAAAUAAUAGUCCCAGACUGCUUUGUGGCAAAUAAUAGUGUAUCCAUUGUAUGGAGUAUGCCAGACGGCGAGGACAGUGGAAUCCAGCACUAUGUACUUGAGCAUCGGAAAACUAACUUUCCUGGGCCUCCUCGUGCUAAGGAAGAACAGCCAUGGAUGGUAGUUGAGGGAAUACAGGGCACUGACUACACACUGAACAGUCAGCGAUUUGACAUGAAGUACAUGAACUUCCGUGUCAAAGCCUGUAAUAAAGCUGUUAGUGGAGAUUUCUCAGAGCCUGUCACACUGGAGACGCCAGCUUUUUGCUUCCGGCUUGAUGCUGGGAGCUCUCACCAGAACUUGCGAGUGGAAGAGAGUAAUGUAGAAUGGGAUGCUACAGGUGGCAAAGUGCAGGAUAUGAAAAUCAGAGAGAAGGAUGGAAGGGGGAGAGGGGCUUCACCCUGCAAUUCUCCUGCAAGGUGUGUUCAGUCACCGAAGAGAAUGCCUUCAGCACGAGUUGGAAGAGACAGGUUCACUGCUGAGUCCUAUACUGUACUUGGAGAUACUCUGAUUGAUGGAGGAGAGUGUUAUUGGGAGGUGCGCUUUGAUAAGGACAGCAAGGCCUUUGCAGUUGGGGUGACUUAUCGUAGUCUGGGCAAGUUUGACCAGUUAGGAAAGACUUCGGUGUCUUGGUGUCUCCAUCUUAACAACUGGCUGCAGGUGACAUUUGCUGCUAAACAUGGAAACAAGGCCAGAAUUUUGGAUGUUUCUGUACCAAACAGGAUUGGGGUGCACUGCAAUUAUGAUGAAGGUUUCCUGUCUUUCUACAAUGCAACCAACAAACAACUUCUGCACACAUUCCGAAUGAAAUUUACACAACCAGUUAUGCCUGCAUUUAUGGUAUGGUGUGGAAGUUUCUCAGUAUAUACUGGACUCCAGGUUCCCAGCUGUGUGAAGACCCUCCAGAAAAGGAAUAGUGCCACCAGCAGCUCAAGCACAAGCCUCACCUGAUUUUAUCCACACCCUUUAUUCCCCACCUAGAUCUCUCCUCUUUACUUAACAAGACUUAAACCCUACCCAGUAUUAUAAGGGGCCUAUUAAAAAAAUGACUGUAUGAACUAAGAACAUAACGUCGGCCAACAGAUAUUCCAUAAUAUCUUCUGCUCCUAUAAAGAAGGGAUGGACAAUACGCUAGGUGUGACAUUCUGUUGAUUAUGCCUUAAAAUAAAUGUAAAUUACAUGCA